AUGUUACCAAUAUAUUCUUGGUCAAUAAGUAUAGUAGCAGGUUUAUUUAUUCUUAAUUGGUGUCGAAAUCGUUUGAAACAAUCUAAUUAUCGUUCUAUUGCAAAUGAACGUGCUCAAAGAAAACGUCAAGCUCGUGAUAAACAUCGAGAAGAAUUAUUACAGCUUUUACGUACAAAAUAUUCAACAAAACUUCCUGAUCGUUCUAUAGUUGAACGAAUUUCGAGAUCAACAGCUGUCGAAUUAUUAGAUGGUCUUGAAAAAAAUGAGUUUACGUAUACACAAGUUAUACUAGUUCUUUCUUUUCGUUCAAUUAAAAUUGGAAAAGAAAUCAAUUGCACUACGGAAGAAUUUUUUGAUCAAGCAAUUGAAUAUGCUGAACAAUUUGAUAAAGACCAUACUAAUAAUCACGAAAAAAUUUUACUCAAAGGUAUACCAAUUAGUAUAAAAGAUCAUAUUGAUCAAAAAGGAGCAGAUUCAUCAAUGGGUAUAGCAAUGAAAAAUUUUCGGCCAUCAUUAAAAGAUAGUCUUAUUGUUCAAUUACUUAAGGAACAAGGGGCAUUAGCUGGUUUUGUACGUACAUCAACUAUACAAGGGAUGAUGUUACCUGAAACAGAAAAUGAAACUUAUGGAAUAGCAACUAAUCCGUUUGAUUCUACACGUACAACAGGUGGUAGUUCAGGUGGUUGUGGCGCUUUAGUAGCUUCGUGUGGUACCCCAAUAAGUAUUGGUACUGAUAUUGGUGGAAGUAUACGUAUUCCUGCACAUUUUUGUGGUAUAUUUGGUUUUAAACCAACUCCAGGUCGAAUCUCGAAUGUAGGUAUAACAGUUCCAUCUCCUAAGAAUAUACCAGGUGAAACAAACAUUCGUGCAACUGCUGGUCCAUUAGCACGAUGUACAGAUGAUCUUGUUCUAGUUAUGCGUUCAUUUUUACAAGAAAAUCUUUGGCAUAAUGAUCCACAUCUAUGCAGACAGCCAUGGCGAGAUGAACGUUUUCAAGAUAAAAAAAGAUUAACUAUUGGUUUUUAUACAAAUGAUAAUUGGUUUCCACCUGCACCUGCUUGUAUUCGAGCAGUUAAUGAAGCUGCUGAUGCUUUACGUAAACUUGGUCAUACAGUUAUUCCAUAUACACCAAUUAAUGUACAAGAAGCAAUGCGUCUUAUUCUUGGAAUUAUAGGAGCAGAUGGUGCUGCUCAUUUUCUUGAAUCCUUAGAAAAUGAACCUUAUAAUCCAAUUUACAGACCACUUGUUUAUGCUGCAAAACUUCCAAAUUUUCUUCGUCCAUUUUUGGCUCGUUUAAUGUGUAUUGUUGGUGAACGACGUAAUGCAAAUACUGUUCGUUCUAUUGGUUCCAAAAGUGCUUAUGAAUAUUUUGAUUUAAUUAUUGAUUUGAAAAACUAUAUGAAUACAUGGUUAGAUGAUUUAAGAAAAAAUAAAAUUGAUCUUCUUCUUACACCCGUUAAUGCUUUACCAGCAUUUCGUCGUGGUCAGUCUGGUCAUUUAUUUAAUGCAUGUAGUUAUACAUGUCUUUUUAAUGUUUUACAUUUACCAGCUGGUGUUGUACCAAUGACAUUAGUUCGAGAUGAUGAGCAAUAUUAUGAAGAUAUUGGUCAUUUAAAUAAUGAUAUAGCAUUAUCUAUGGCUAAAGAAACAUGUCGACAAUCAGCUGGAUUACCUGUCGGUGUUCAACUAGUUGGAUGGCCAAAUGAUGAUGAACGUGUAUUGUGUGUAAUGAAAGAACUUGAAAGUUCAAUCGAAAAAAUUCAAUCACGAAUGUCAAAAUUCGCUGAAACCAUUGAUAUAUUUACAGACUAA